AAGGGAGAGAGGGCGUAUGAAAGAGAGCCGAUGAGAAUGGUACAAACCCGAACAGCUUUGUGUGUCACACUCGAAUACAUCGCAUCCACAGCUAUGACCUAGGCGCGGAUCGUCGCUCUCAAGACAAGCGCAACAUCAGAGAGAGCAAUUACGCAUGGUUCUGAUAGAGAAUGAAUGAGAAGCUGUAUCCAACAAUUCCAAAACGCCCGGUUGGUCUCAUUUUUCUACCAUUUAGAGCAACAACUGGAUUACCAUAAGGGAGCGACGAGAACGGAGCACAGUAGCAACAACGUCUUUACAAUUGAGGAAUAAAAGAUUUUGCUCCAAUAAUUGAAUAAUUUACUUUUCAUCAAAACACAAAUAUUUGUAUGUUUUUGGAGGUGUAUUUCCAAGGACACAUACAUUAAAGCACGGAUAGCCGUCAUUAGGUCCACUCGGAUUUGAUCAUAUUGACACUUUAUUAGUUAUCCUGAUGGAAACUGCUUCAAAAGCUCGUCGGCUAUCCAAUGUGUCCACGGCAUCUAACGUGUCCAAUGUGUCCACGUCCAGCGCUGGGACUGAGGUAGGACAGAGCGAUGUGCAGAUUUGGGGGGACAGACCUUUACCUGUCGACUACCUUGGUGACAUCUCGAUCCUGGAUGACGGGAGAUGGUCUAACUCUAGCGUGAAGAAACAUCACCACAAGCACAACCUGAAGCACCGCUACGAACUGCUGGAGACACUGGGGAAAGGGACAUACGGCAAAGUGAAGAAAGCCAUCGAGAGACAAUCCGGCAAAGUGGUGGCCAUUAAGUCCAUCAGGAAGGAGAAGAUCAAGGAUGAUCAGGACAUGGUUCACAUCCGCAGAGAGAUCGAGAUCAUGUCCUCCCUCAAACACCCUCACAUCAUCUCCAUCUACGAAGUGUUUGAGAACAAGGACAAGAUAGUGAUCGUGAUGGAAUACGCCAGUAAGGGAGAGCUGUAUGAUUACAUCAGCGAGCGACGGCGGCUGAGCGAGAGAGAGACACGACACUUCUUCAGGCAGAUUGUUUCCGCCGUGCACCACUGUCACAAGAACGGAGUGGUGCACAGGGAUUUAAAACUGGAAAACGUGCUGCUGGAUGAAAACUGUAAUAUCAAGAUUGCUGACUUUGGUCUGUCCAACCUUUACCACAAAGACGAGCUCCUUCAGACGUUCUGUGGCAGCCCUCUGUACGCCUCACCAGAGAUCGUCAACGGCAGGCCCUACCAUGGUCCAGAGGUAGACAGUUGGGCCCUGGGAGUUCUUCUCUACACCCUGGUCUAUGGGACCAUGCCCUUCGAUGGGGAAGACCACAAUAAACUCAUCCGCCAGAUCACCAACGGAGAGUACAGGGAACCUACACAGUCCUCAGAUGCUCGUGGUCUGAUCCGCUGGAUGUUGAUGGUUAAUCCGGAGCGUCGAGCCACGGUGGAAGACAUCGCCAACCACUGGUGGGUCAAUUGGGGCUGGAAGACCACUGUGUGUGACUGUGACAUCCAGAAGGACAACAGUGGCUGCAUCUCUUCUCCAACGCUAGCACGCUUUAUCGACUGGCAGAACCGCACCACAGAGUCACCCAGGGUGGCGCUGGUCAAGCCUCCCCGCUCGGAACACCCCGCCGUACCCCCCCAUGCUGGCCGCCAGCGCCUGAGGAAGUCCAGGAAGGAGAAUGAUAGCGGAGCGCUCCACCAUCACACCGCGUGGGAAGACAAAGACAAACCAGGACUGAAGAGACCCAAGGGGAUCCUGAAGAUGCAUGUGUCUGAGCAGAGGUCCCACAGCCUGGGGGAGAUCGAGCUGAGUCGCUCCCUGCACUUCCACGAGGGAAGGGAGCUGCUCUCCAGCCCCGAGAGAGAUGAGGAGGAGGACGAUGAUCAGGAUCGCCUGGGGGUCUCGCCGGCCAAGAUGGUGCCCACCCUCCCCAAGAAGGGCAUCCUGAAGAACAACCAGCAGCGGGAGUCUGGCUACUACUCCUCCCCGGAGCGCAGUGAGUCCUCUGAACUGCUAGGGGGCAGCACCUCCAUGGCCCCACCCGCCAGCUCACCAACAAAGAGGUCCAUGGGGAGAAAGGGCAUAUUGAAGCGUAAUGGGAAGUACGGCAACUCCACUUCCUUCCACAGUGGCUUGUCCAAUAUGAGCUUCCACGGAGAGACUCCGGGGGACUCGGGCCUCUCUCGCAGCCAGAGUAAACCCUCCAGUAUUGUCUGUGAGGAGAUGGGUCUCUCCAGUGUUCCCCCCUUAAUGGGAAUGGAUUGGUCUCCCUCGUCCCCGCAGCCACACGUCAGGGCCUGUAUGUCGGCUGAGGAUCUACUCCAGCUGGCAGGCUUCAGACGGGGCCUCCAGACGGCUGCAGGGGGGCUCCAUGGGGGGAAGGUGGGGACCCGAGGGACACCAGGGUCUCCUGGUGACGACGGCAGCUUCUCUCUGCUAGGGGACAUGGAUGAUAUGACCCAGGUCUACCAACACACCCUGGACAUCAGCAGCAAUCUGACCUAGAGGAGGUGGAGUUGGGAGUUUGGAAGGGAAGGGACAUGGGAAGGACAGACACACACUUGAACCCUCAUUUCUGGGUUUAGGACUGGCCAGGUGUGUUGUGAACUGGGCAUCCCAGCCACCUUAAUGUACUGAAUCUACCCUCUCAGAGACAGUGCUGCUGUAAAUCUUUAUAUGUUCAAUAGAGCUAAAUAAAUAUUGUGUUGUAUGUCAUUCAGAGUCACAAACCAUGCUGUGGUGAAGCUCAAUGUAAUAGACAGUCAGGACUACUGUUCAUGUUAUCUCAAUGUAAUAGACAGUUAG